UACGUUACAUCAAUGGACAUACAAGUACACGGCGAAAGAAAUCAUACGCGUCGUCUCGCAACUCAUCACUCCGAUAGAGAUAGAGAUAGACACAGAGAGGGCAUCCGUUUCCAUUCGAGUGCGCGCCGCCGACCACCAAUUAUUUCGGGCGCACUAAUGACCGCACCCGUCACACCCAAACCUAACGAUCGAGUAGUUUACUCCCGCUAAACAUCCCUGGCGAUAAGCUCAUGGUCACACUCACAAGCCCCGCGCCGGCCGUCCCUGUCGCCUCUCGCCACACCGCCACACAGGAGCGCGCACCGACUCGCCCCCGCGAAAAAUCCCCGGCCGGCACGGCGGCACGCCCUAAUCGCCCUCCCACCAACUCACACGCCCCCACGCUAAUCCCCACCUGGCCGCAGGCCUAAUCCCCUAUAGACCCCACCGCUCAUAGGCGCAGGAGAAGAGAGAGGGAGGGGGGGGAGGUCAGAGGGGAGAGAGACCAGUAGAAGGAGCAGCGAGCGAGCGAGCGCCCCACACGGCGGCGGCCACUGCGACAGCGAGCUGCUGCCGAAUCGGGGGAUGGAGAGGGAAGCCACAGCCUUCUACCCGCCGCCCCAGCCGGCGCCGGCCGCCCCCGCCGCGGGGCCGGCCGCGGCGACGGUGGCGGCGGGCACCGGUGCAGCGGGCGGGGGUGUCGGAGGGCACGCGCGCGGCGGAGGCGUUGGAGGGAGGCAGUACCGCGGCGUGCGGAUGCGGAAGUGGGGCAAGUGGGUGGCGGAGAUCCGGGAGCCAAACAAGCGGUCGCGGAUCUGGCUCGGGUCCUACUCCACCGCCGUCGCGGCGGCGCGGGCCUACGACACCGCCGUGUUCUACCUCCGCGGCCGCUCCGCGCGGCUCAACUUCCCCGACCAGCUCGACGGAGCCGCGGUGGCCGACCGCCCCGAGGGCCACAAGGACGGCGGCGGCGGUGGCGCGGGGCUCACCGCCGCCGCCAUCCGGAAGAAGGCCGCCGAGGUCGGCGCCCGCGUCGACGCGCUCCACUGCGGCGUCGGCCUCGGCGGCGGCGCUCCUCCGCCACCGCCGCUGUCGACCCACUCCCACCGCCGCCGCGCCAAGAACCCCGACCUCAACCGGGAGCCCACCCCGGACACCUCCGACGACGAGUAAAGCGCGCUGAUUUUGUCUUCUCUCCUCCUCCUCCUCCUCCUCCAUCUACUAGUCUCUAGUCCUUAGGCAACAACUACUCACCAGAGGAGUAGCUAGCUAGCUAGCCAGUCAGUAGUAGCAGUAAGCAAGCAACCGGAGGUAGCGCCAGGCCAAAACGGAUGGGCGUGGGCGGACGCAACGCAAGGUGUUCGGUGGAAUGCGGAUGAGCUCGGAGGUGGCCAAUAAUGGAGCCGCGACGUCGCCGUCACCCGUCAGGGCGGGAAGUAGUAGGCAGGAGGAGCCUAGGGUCGUGCGCGACCUGGGUGCUGUUUGGGCCGGAGGCGACGGCGACGGACGGCGACGGCUCGAGCAAGUAGCAGGAGACAGACCGGCCGGUGCGUGUCAGUGUGUGCGGGCAUGUAGCUAAGCAAAAGACGGCUAUGUACCUCCUCUCCCCUUCACAUAAAGAUGUGUGUAAAGAAAAAAAAAAGAUACCCGGCAAGCAAGAUCGACAAGAGCUUCAUGAAUCUUUUGCUUGUUUCGUGUUUCUGAUUCCAUGGUGCCAUUUGAAUUUGGAAGUGGAAACCAACAGCUGUUGUGAUCCGAACCUCGGGCCUGUUUGAACGUUGGAUUUUCGUGGGAAUUUUCAAA